GCAUGACAGGAGGGAGGAGGGACAGCAACAGAGCAGCAUCGAGGAACAGGUUAGAAAGAAGACGAGACAAACGUCUUGGCUCCUUAGAUUUGCCCCUUUUUUAAACUUUCAACCCGUUUACUUUCGUUGGGACCGAAAAGAAACCAGCUAACAAAGAGUUUCCCAUAGAGACCCUGGGAGUGGACCGGGAAGUGUGAACUCCUUUUACUCCCUGCCCAGAAAAGUUUCAUCCAGCUCCUCGCCAUGUCCGCUCCUGGUUACCCAGGCUCUCCCGGCCAGGCACCCUACCCCAUGCCUCAGCACGGUGGCCACUCUGUUGCCCCGUACCCAUCUGCUCCGGGGGGGUACGGAGACCCCAGUCAAGCCCCUCCUCCAGGCUUCAACAUGGGCUACAAUCCAGGCCAACCCCCUGUCAUGUAUCAGCCUGGUCCGAUAGGCUCAGGCCCAGCUCCAGGACCCGAGUACGGCGGCCACCCGGCAGCGAUCUCCCCGGCCCCAGCUGGGGUGCCGGCUGCAGCUGCCAUUGGGGUACCACCAGGGCUCGAGUACCUCACACAGAUUGACCAGAUCCUGAUCCACCAAAAAGUUGAGCUUCUAGAAGCAUUCAUCGGGUUUGAGACCAACAACCAGUACGAGAUAAAGAACAGCCUGGGCCAAAAGAUCUACAAGGCCAAAGAGAAGAACGACUGCUGCACGAGGAACUGCUGCGGCUCGCUGCGCAGCUUUGACAUGAAGAUCAAGGACAACAUGGACAGGGAGGUCAUCCGUCUCAUACGGCCUUUCCGCUGCGUCUCCUGCUGGUGUCCCUGCUGUCUGCAAGAGAUGGAGGUCCAGGCACCGCCGGGCACCACCAUAGGCUACGUCAAACAGGACUGGCACCCUUUCUUGCCGCGGUUUUCCAUCCAGGGAGCCAACAAGGAGACCUUGCUGAAACUGGAGGGGCCCUGCUUUGCCUGCAACUGCUGUGGGGACGUCAACUUCGAGCUGAAGGGCAAAGACGGUAACAAGCCCAUUGGCCGCAUCAGCAAGCAGUGGAGCGGCCUGUUGAAGGAAGUCUUCACAGACACGGACAACUUUGGCAUCCAGUUCCCGCUGGACAUGGACGUGAAGAUGAAAGCUGUGCUCAUGGGAGCCUGCUUCCUCAUUGAUUUCAUGUUCUUCGAGAAGGUCGGGGAGGCCAACCAGCGCAGCACUGUGUUUUCUUAACCAAAGGAGGGGAAAACAACAGCGUGAGAGCAAGGACUCUCUCCAGUUACACAUUCUCUGUUCAUGUACUUUGUUUUUCCAUUCUUUAAGCCUUUGUUCAUCAGAUUCCAGCCAAUAUGGUGCCAUCCUUUUACACACACAGACCAAUAUGAGUUAAUGAAUUCCUCCAGAUGUUUGCCAAGGAUUGUUUUUCAAAUCCAUCCAAACCCAGCGAGUGAUGCUGGCCUCAUGCUGCCAAUGUUCCUUAUGCUUCAUACAGUCCAUAGAUGUUUAUCUGUUUUCAGUGAGUGAACAUCCAUCCAGUACAUCCAUCUGAGAUCUAAUCCAUGCCAAAGAAAGUCAAACUUUCCCUCACUGUCGUCUUUUUCAGUGCCCACUCACAGAAAUAAGAGUGGAUGUAGACACAUGUCUUUGAAUGUGCUUUAUGCGACACUGGCAUUAACAUUUUAUAUUUAUACCUUAUUUUUAUCCAUUGUUAUCACACUUUAAAGUCAUGUUUUCUGAAAAAUAGAUCUAGUGUAAGUGCAAUACUGUUGUGGAUGUAGAGGCUGUAUUCAUUUCCCUGUUUCUUUAGCUUUGCUAGUGACUAGCGGAUGUUAGUGUCAGCCUGUUGCUCCACCACUUCAGUCCAGACUGAAGUGUUUCGACAGCUACUGUAUGGAUUUCCAUGAAGUUUAGUACAGAUAUCCCUGGUGCCCAGAGGGUGAAUUGUACCGACUCUCAUGAUCCUUCUACUUUUCAUCUAGCGCCAUCAACAGGACAAAAGUUUAAUUCAUCCAAUACUGUGGUUCAUAACAAAUAAUAUCCAAAUCUAAUGAUAAUCCCAUCAACAUCAGAUGUGCUUUGUGUUUCGUGAUAAUAAGCAAAUGUUAGCAUGCAAACAAGCUAAUUAAGUUGGUUAACGUGAUAAACAUUAUACCUGCUAACAUGCCUGUGAGCAUGAUAGCAUGCUUACACUAACAUUAGGCUCAAAGGACUGUGCUGCCUAAGCUAGCAUGGCUUUACAUUUAAUAAUUUAUAUUGACAAAAUCUUUGUAUAAAACCAGAACUUCAGCCACAGUAAACAGGCUGUCAUUAUAUAGUUGACAUAGGGAGGUGGUGGUUGUGCUAGCGAGAACAAUGGGGGGAUGUUUAAUGUGUUUUAGUCAAAGUUGUGAACACAGGAGUUAACACAUGCUGACACUAUCUACCAAAGUGCUCUUUUUAGACCUCUCAGCUACCUUUCUCUUCCUCGAAGCCCUCUGUCUUAAAGCCUAGUGUACAUAACGGAACAAAACUGUUGCACAGGCUACAGUGUAAACGCUCUCAUGCUGCCUCUGUGGGUUAGUGGUUGCCAUGGAGGCUGACGCCCCAGCCAAACCUCACCCACCAGUUUCUCUAGAUACCACUGCGACAUGUGCAUUUAACAUGUGCCAGUGUAGUGUUGCUAUAGGAGAGAGAGAAAAGUCUGACUGAAUGAGGAACAGAAAGAAAGCAGAAGACAAAAAGCAGAAGGAGAGUUUGGUGGACAUUACUCUGACCUCAGAGUGGCUGGAAAAAACCCAUCAGUGAUGAAGCAAACACAUUAACUUUCUGUAGUGUUUGGAGCAGAGGGAGACCUGAAUGUGAACUUGUUGUGCGAAUGUUGGUCUACUUUAAGCCCAUUUGAUGGAUGUGCUGUAGAAUGAAUAAAAACAUGCCAGGUUAAUGUUUGUGAAUGCUGCAUUUUGCUGUUAAACGCAACUGUGCGUUCUGUGUUUAAUAAUCGUUUUCAUUUGUUCAGCAUUCUUGUGAAAUAACAUGGGUGUGCCUCCUGUGAGGCUUGGUUGCCACUAAAGCUCUCUAAUCCACACUGCAGCUUCAUUUUACACUGUCAGUAACUAAAUGUGUCAUUGCAUGUGCAUAUAUAUAUAUAUAUACUACCAUCAGCCUCUGAUAAGGAAAGAGAAAUUAGCCAAAGGAUGUACAGUACAUUUAAUGCAAUUAUUUGUUCUGUGGGUUUUAUGUUUUGUUAAUGUUUUUUUGUUUUUUACAUUAGUCAUGUCUGCAUCUUGCAGGAUCUGUAGUGUCAUUUUCUGUGUUUCUAUCAAACACGUUUUGUUCCGUUUGUUUGUUGCUCUUGUAUCUUGUGAAUGUGAAUUUUUUAUAGUUUCAAAAAAAUACCCUAUAGUUCAGAAAUAAAACAAAUGCCAUAUGAAGCCAUUGUUAAAGCGUUGUUGCUG